AUGAGCAGCAAUGAAGAAUAUUUAGAACGAAUAGAAAAAGUGCUGAGCGAUCCGUUUUCUGUUACGAUGGCGCACACCACGUACGAAAAGGUGCAUAAAAUAGCACAAAGCCAGGGCAGGUUCUAUCCCACCGGUGCUCUUCACAAGGCUCUUGGCCUUAUGUGCAGCAGAGUAUCUAGAAAUACCAUUGCGAUAGAAGGCCUUCCUGUCGACCAGAAUGAAAACGAAAAAGCAUGCAGCACACACAUGUACAUCACUGGAGAUACAGCACACAUAGUGGGAAUGGAAGUGAGUCUUCCCCUCGGGCUGAAGAGCAUAGCAUACUGCAUUAAAAAAGGAGUAAAGAUAAGCGAACAGCUGAUGAGGGAAGUGAGCGAAAUAGAAACAAAGUCAUACAUAGUGAUGCUUUCCCUUAUCAGCAUAGCAAAGGCCAUAGUGCAGACAGGACAAGAUAAAGACGGCGUAUUCUACAACAAGAUAGUGGACAUGAUAGGAGAGGCAAACAGCACAGUUAAAAUCAAAGCAAUAAAUGCAGCACUGAAGAUAGGCACGGGAAGCAAUCUGAUAGACAACACGCUCGCAGCUCUUAAACAGGACAGUGCGAACAUAAUGCCAAAUCCUGUGUGGUCCCCUGGCAUGCUGGCACUGGUGGGCAUUCACAUCUACAAAACAAAAGACAAAAAAGCCUCGAAAAAAGCCUUGAAAAUAGUAAGCAACUACAUUGGCAAACUAUCCAAUGAAAAAGUGCUCAAUGGAGUUCUGGUGAUCUUCUGGGGAAUGAACUGGAGCGGAUUCUCGCGGCAUCUUCCGUUUCUUGUGCUGAUGUCUCUGUUCUCGCGGUCUGUUGACAUCAGAAAGUCCUCAAUAGGCUUGCUCAUGGAGUACCUAGGACACAAUCCAAGCGACAGGUCUCUACAUGUAAUAGACAGCAUAAAGCACCACAAGCCAGACAUAAAAAUGCUUUUGAAGUUUGCAAGAGUAAGCAGAAAGCUGUUAGUUCGAUACUCAGAUGUCCUGAUAGCAGAGGGAACACCGCUGCUCAUUAAAAGAGCUGUCCAGCUGAAGAUAUACGCAGGAGAAAAAGAAUGCCAAUACGACAGCACAGAUAUCUUCAGCAAAAUAGCUGCCUUUCGGUUUUUCUUGAAACGCAGAAAUAUCACGAAACUAGAAGAGCUGAUAUCUGCCACAAAUCCAAGCAAGCUGUCUACUCUUGUGAAAAUAGACAUGGAGCUUCUCAGACAGAUGCUUAAGUCUAUCAAGCUGGUUGGUCCUUCUUCUCCAAACUCAAAGCUGGCCAUAUUGUACACACUCAACAAGAAUCUCUUCACUCGGCAGAUUGUAAAAAUCCUUUACAUCCACAGACAGAAAGUAGCAGAUAUAAACAUACGAAGAGCGAUGAAAACCCCCACAACUCUGCUUGCACUGGCUGUCCUUAAAGACCCCAUCCUGCAAAACAUUGAAAACACAGGACUAGAGUGUCCUUCUGUCUCUCUGUAUGCACACAGUCCCGUAUACGCUGCAUGUAUCUAUCUAUUGGCUGCCAAUCGAGCUGUCUCCCAUGCUUCAGCUAAAAAUGUUUUGUUCAAAUCGCUUAGCUGCUAUGCCGUAGACCCAACGCUAGGGGAUAUCGGCUCAUACUCUCGAACAGAUGCGCUGUACCUUCUUAUGCUGCCGUACAUAGACACUCCUCUGGCCAUGUCAAAGCUGUCUGGUGCUCUGGUAAGAGACACUCCCAUCGGAGUAAUAGCGUCAAAACUGACAAAAAAAAGACUCCAUCUGACAAAAGAAGAAAAGAGCGCGCUGGUAGGAUACAUUCUUAAGCUCGCUGUGGACAAGUCCAGGAGGCUGUCUCUUCUGAUAUUUUCAUCAAUCUUGCCAUCGAUAAAAAAACCACCAAAAAUACUGAGACAUCUUCUAGAUAAAUACAACGCAGCACUGGACAAUCUCCCUGUAGAAGACUCCAUCCUCGCAGCAGGAAUAUCAACACUAAAGUGUCUACUGAGGAAGAACAACAGAGAGGAUGAGAUGGUAAAGAGAGAGGAUUCUGCAAAGACAAGCGGCCAAACAAGAACACAGGAAAGGAUAGGCGCAAUGCUGGAGGGGAUUAUAAACACCCUCAUCUCGUCUGACGGAAGGCUGUCUAAAAAGAUCAUCAGCGGGUCUUUGGAGAUAUUCUCAGACCAGUUGUGCAGAGAUCUGGCAAACAGCUAUCUGAAACAUCUGUUGAAAACAGCCAGUAAAAGUUCGUGCAGAAUAAUCAAUGAGAUAAAAAGCAAGAUAAUGAUUUAA